CUGGUGCUAGGGUUUUGAAGACUCCACUCAGCGACGGCACGAUCUGGAAGCGGCUCAAAGAGGCAGGGUUUGAUGAGGAGUCCAUUAGAAGAAGAGACAAGGCUGCUCUUAUAGCGUAUAUCGCGAAACUUGAAUCUGAGUGGUAUCAGAGCCAGGUUGGCUCCGAUGGGAACUCAUCAGCAAACUGAUGCUGAGUUUCACAAUGAGAUACAAGAAGCGCUUGGUUGGCAUGAAUCCAUGUUUGAUCAAAUUCAUUCAACUAUGCAAACCUUGCUUUUCAAAAUGCAUACCCUUGAAAUAUCCCAACAGAAUUCUAGCCACACUCAUGGAGAAGUCAGACUUGGCUUCUCCUUCUUUACUCUAUUCCUUAAUUUCUUGUUAUCAGUGGUAUCAGAGCCAGGUUAGCUCCGAUGGGAACUCAUCAGCAAACUGAUGCUGAGUUUCACAAUGAGAUACAAGAAGCGCUUGGUUGGCAUGAAUCCAUGUUUGAUCAAAUUCAUUCAACUAUGCAAACCUUGCUUUUCAAAAUGCAUACCCUUGAAAUAUCCCAACAGAAUUCUAGCCACACUCUUGGAGAAAAUGAAAACCCCUUUUAGCAGAAGUCUCCAGAAAAUACCUCUCACCAAGGAAACACAUCUCAUGCUUACAACCAGCAGAAACUCAAGCUUCACUUCCCGAAGUUUGAUGGCAAAGAUGUGCAAGGAUGGGUGUACAAAGCAGAGCAGUAUUUCAGGUUUCGGGGUAUUGCAGCUGAUCAAUAGAUUGACCUCGCCUCCUUUCAUCUUAAAGGCAUCGCCCUGCAGUGGCAUAGGUGGUACGACAAAUUCUAAUGUCCCGUGACAUAGGAGGAAUUCACUAAGGCUCUUCUUAAAAGGACCCAAAGAUGAUAUUUGGUUCGACGUGAAAAUCAAGCAACCCUGGCUUUUGAUAGACGUCAUUGGAGUAGCAAAAUUGAUUGAAGAGAAGUUGAAUUUACAAAGAAAAAAUAUAAGUGGUGGCCAUAUCUCUUGGACUAGCUAGAGCAAUAUGCAAUCGAGCGUUUUGGGUCCUCCCUACUCCCAAAACUGCAAACAAUCAGUCCUCUAUCCGCAGAAUUUCUAGCCAGGAGGCAAAAGAGAGAAGAGAUAAAGGAUUGUGUUAUUACUGUGAUGAGCGGUACAACCCAGGCCACCGCUGCCAGAGGCUUCAACUCUUCGGCAUCGAUGACAGCUUAGAGCAUGAGAUUGAAGAGACCAGCUCACUGGAAUUUGCAGAAGUGAUACCAGACAUAUCACUGCAUGCAAUGGCUGGAACAGACCACUCUGAGACCUUACGGUUAUAAGGAAAAAUAAAGGGGCGAGAUGUAGCUAUUCUCAUCAACAACGGCAGUACUCAUAGUUUCGUGGAUCGGAAUUUGUGGCUUAACUGGAAACCAAGUUGUGGCAUACCCAAUUGUUUUGGGAAUUCAAUGGUCGGCAACUCUUGGGCCUAUAGAGACAGACUAUGCUGCUCUCACCAUGCAAAUUAAAAAAGGGGAUCAGUAUCACACUUUUUAUGGCAUCUGAAGGGGAGAAUUAGAGCCAUUGCGAAGGAAGGGGCUCCAUAUGAUACAUGAACCAAUAUUUUUUUUUGCAAAUUGAAGCCACAGAAGUUGUCCAUGCAGCCGUAUCUCAUUCUGAGAUACAACAGCUUCUCACAAAAUACAACCACAUUUUCGCACAACCCACGACUCUACCGCCAUUCCGUGAACAAGAUCAUCAUAUCCCUCUAGAACCCAACAGCAAACCCAUCUUCAUCUACGACCUUCAACACCACAUGGGUCUUCUCAUAUUGGAAAAAAAAGAGUUUGCUUCAAUAUUCGAGCAAAUCAAAGCCUCUGCUGAAGCAACUGAACUAAAGCAUAAGCAAGAUCAAGCUGCACACUUGUCUGGUUUAGCUGAAGCAAGAAAACGAGAAGAAAGCUUGAAGAAGGCUUUGGGAGUUGAGAAAGAGUGUAUAAGAAGUAUUGAGAAGGCCUUGCAUGAGAUUCGUGCUGAAUCUGCUGAAACUAAGGUCGCAGCUGAUUGUAAAUUGGCUGAUGCAUGCAGUAUGGUUGAAGAUGCACAAAAAAGGUACACUGAUACUGAGGCAAAACUGCAUGCUGCAGAAGCCUUACAAGCAGAAGCUAGCCAACAUCAUCGAGCUGCAGAAAGAAAACUCCAGGAAGUUGAGGCACGUGAAGAUGAUCUUGUGAGGCAUAUCAGCAUUUUCAAAGCUGAUUGUGAUGCAAAAGAGAAGGAGAUUGUUCUUGAGAGACAAACUUUAAGUGAGAGACGGGAAGUUCUGCAGCACGAACAUGAAAGGUUACUGGAUGGACAAGCUUUGCUGAAUCAGAGGGAGGAUUAUGUUGCCAGCAAAUCUCAAGAGCUAAGUUGUAUAGAAAAGGAGUUGGAGGCCUCAAAAGCAAGUAUUGAGAAGGAACUUAGAGACUUGAAUGACAGGAAAUCCAACUUGGAGGUGACUGUGGCUUCCUUAUCUCAAAGAGAAGAGGCUGUUAUUGAGAGGGAAGCUCUACUAAACAAGAGAGAGCAAGAUAUACUUGCUUUAAAAGAAAAAUUGGCAAGCAAGGAAUCUGAGGAAAUUCAGAAGGUUAUUGCUAAUCAUGAGACUAUUCUGAAAACAAGGAAGUCGGAAUUUGAAGCUGAAGUGGAGAAGAACUGCAAAUUGGUGGAGAACCAAAUUGAGGCCAAGAGACGAGCUUGGGAGUUGAGGGAAGUGGAUCUUCGGCAGCGGGAGGACAUGUUGAAUGAAAGGGAACAUGACUUAGAGGUUCAGACAAGGUUGUUAAGUGACAAAGAGAAAGAUAUGGCAGACAAGAUAAAUUUUCUUGAUGAGAAAGAAAGAAGUCUUAAUGCUGCUGAAAGGGACAGUGAGAUGAGAAGAACACUUCUACAGAAAGAAAAAGAAGAGAUUAACAAAAUAAAGUUAGAACUCCAGGAGUCCUUGAAUUCUUUGGAAGACAAGAAGAAACAAGUUGAUUGUGCAAAGGAGAAACUAGAGAAUAUGAGAAGUGAAACAAAUGAGCUCUCACUUUUGGGGAUGAAACUCAAAGAAGAGGUUGAUAUGGUCAGGGCUCAGAAAAUGGAGCUUGUGGCUGAAGAGGACAGAUUGAAGGUUGAAAAGGCUAAGUUUGAAACUGAAUGGGAGCUUAUUGAUGAGAAGAGGGAAGAAAUGCGUAUGGAAGCUGAACGUAUAGACGAGGAGAGACAAGCUGUUUGUAGGUUACUCAAGGAUGAGCGAGAUAGCCUAAGUCUAGAGAAGGAAACAAUUCGAGAACAACAUAAACGUGAUGUUGAGUCGGUUAACCAUGAGCGGGAGGAAUUCAUGAAAAAGAUGGAGUAUGAGCAUUCUGAGUGGUUCAACAAAAUUCAGAAGGAACAUUCAGAUUUCUUGUUGGGUAUUGAGAUGCAGAAGAGAGAGCUGGAGAACAGUAUAGAAAAAAGGCGUGAAGAGGUAGAAAGUUAUUUAAGGGGUCAAGAGAAAGCCUUUGAGAUUGAAAAGAAAAAUGAACUUCAACAUAUUAGUUCUCUCAGAGAGAAAGCAGCAAAAGGGUUGGAGGAGGUUGCUUUAGAAAUACAGAAGCUUGAUUCUGAGAGAAUGGAGAUAAAUUUAGAUCGUGAAAGAAGAGACAAGGAAUGGACUGUGCUGAAUAAAUCCAUUGAGGAACUUAAGGAUCAGACUCAGAAAUUAGAAAAACAGAGGGAACUAUUACGUGCAGAAAGAGAGGAAGUUUGUGCUCAGAUUGAACACCUGAAAAAAAUGGAAGAUGUGAAAAUUAUGAUGGAUAACAUGGAAGUGGCUAAGAUGCAACAGUCAAGCAUGGAGUCUAGCUGGCAGAAAAUUUCUGCAAUAAGAUAUUUGAGAAAUCACUCCUCUGUAAAAGAUACUGAUCUGGUUUCACAUGAAAGAGUAGAUAUUACUAAUAAUGGAAAUGGACUUGAUUCUCCAUCUUUGCAAAAAUCAGGUGUUGCUUCAUCCCCUGACUCUGCUCGUUUCUCUUGGAUAAAACGUUGCACUGAACUGAUAUUCAAAAGUUCUCUGGAGAAGCCCCUCUUGAAGAGUGAUGAAAAGUCUCUGAUUUUGAAUAAUGAUUAUGCAAAUUUAACAUCUGCUGGCAAAUUGGAUUCUUCUAAUGGAUAUCAUGAACAAAAGCUUAAAUCAAUAGAGAGUUCUGGCAAGAGACAGCCUAUGAGAUACACUUUUAGUGAACCAAAUGUGAUACUUGAACCCCCUAAAGAUGUAAUUGCCAAGGAAGAACUUGAUGAAGAAUCUGAAAAAAAGGAUGAUGCUAAUGAAGAGAUUGCUCUCUCACUUUCUGAACAUGUAAUUCAUGCUGGAAAGAGAAGGAACUCUCUUUCUACUGAUCCACAUCCUGAUGAAAGACAGAACAAUAAGAGGAGGAACCAACAUAAAGGUGCUACUGUGAAUUUAUCCAUAGAUGCCAAUAAUCCCUGUGUAACUUCAACCCAGAUCAAUGCACCAGAGAAUCACCAUUCAACUGAAGGUGAAGCUGCUGAUGACAUGGUAAAUGCAGAUAGAAUCAUCAAAAUUUCAGAAGUGACUUCUGAAGUGACAUGUGAUUACUGUGAGGUUCAAGAUGGAGGCACAGAUGAUCAUUGAAAUCAGAGAUGUGCGGAGUCUAGUGGGGUACCACAUAGCUCUGAAGUAUCAGAAAUGUUAAAAGAUAAAAUGGGACAUGUUGGACGUGGUACUGAUCAACCUCAGGUGAUCUGAGGGUUGAAGAUUGUGACGUUGCCACACCUGGCAAUAGUGAGAAGUUUGUGGAGAAUAUUGGGAGGACAAGAUCAAAACAGAAGCUGUAGAUUUAUAGCUGUUGCCUUGUUGGUGUGUCUAUGGUCAGGCGAGCAUAUGAAUAUCUUUAAGCUUUUUAUUUUUGUUUUUUGAGCAGUCUAAUCAUUUUUUUCGAGUCUGCUGGAGUGCAGAAUGCUGUCAGUACUAAUUGUACUUCAGUUCGGUUGAGUACUUACGUGAGUUGACUGGUCUUGUGGUGUGUCUCCAAAUGUGUGGAAAUUUGUAAAUGAUUUGCAUCUUUUUUUAUGGGGUAGUUUGUUUAUGUUUAGUAUGUCUUUGAGUAGGAGGUUUGGAAACUUGUGCAUAGGCAAUGCAUCCGUGUCUGGCUUAUGGGUCCUGUUACUUCACUAAAGCUUUGUAUUCUGAUACUUAGAUUGAAAUAUCCCUAACUUGGCAUUGAGAUACGUUGAAAUAAGAUGAAGAUUGUUUAUUGCUCUUUGGCUAUCAAA